UCGGGAGACUGGCCCUGAACUGGCACCUCCCCUUUCGGACAGCUCCGGAAACUCAGCCAUCUGGCGCACAGUUCUCGUUCAGCGUCUCCCGUUCCCCAGGAUCAAAACUGAGAAUCGAAACUGCGCUGGGGGUCCAUGCAGCAGGAGCCUACACCCGCGCAAUCUUCGGGGUCCGAGCAGGACUCCUCACUGCCACACACGCCCACCAUGCCUCCCCCCGAGUCCUUCUCCAGAAGCAACCAGCACAGCCCGGACCACAGCCCCACCAAGCAAGCCACGGAGGAGGAGUUCCAGUUCCUGCGCUGCCAGGGCUGCCAGGCAGAAGCCAAGAGCCCUAAGCUGCUGCUUUGCCUGCACACUUUGUGCUCAGCAUGCCUGGAGGGCCCGAGUAUGCAAUGUCCUAUCUGCCAGGCUCAUCAGUCCCUCGGCACCAGCGGGCAGGCCCUGGAUAACAUCUUCUUCGAGAGUCUGCAGCGGCGCCUGUCGGUGUACCGGCAGAUCGUGGAUGCACAGGCCGUUUGUACCCGCUGCAAAGAGACGGCGGACUUCUGGUGCUUCGAGUGCGAGCAGCUCCUCUGUGCCAAGUGCUUUGAGGCGCACCAGUGGUUCCUCAAGCACGAGGCCAGGCCCCUGGCUGAGCUUCGCAGCCAGUCGGUGUGCGAGUUCCUGGAUGGCACGCGCAAGUCCAACAACAUCUUCUGCUCCAACCCCAACCACCGCAGCCCUAUGCUUACUAGCCUCUACUGCCGAGGCUGCUCCAAGCCACUGUGCUGCUCCUGUGCCCUUCUGGAUACCGGCCACACCGAGCUCAAGUGCGACAUCGCUGUCGAGAUCCAGCAGAGGCAGGAAGAGCUGGACGCCAUGACGCAGGCCCUGCAGGCGCAGGAUGACACCUUCGGCUCGGCGCAGGCGCAAAUGCGUUCAGCCAUCAGCCGGCUGGGCAGUGUGCGCGCUGACACCGAGGAGGCGAUCCGCACGCGGGUGCGCCAGCUGGUAGCACACGUGCUGGCGCAGGAGAGCGAGCUGCUGGAGGCGGUGAACAUGCGGUACCAGCACGAGUAUGAGAAGAUUGCGGGCCAGCUAGGCCAUCUGGACGCUGUACUGCAGCGCAUCCGCACAGGCAGCGUGCUCGUGCAGAGGAUGAAGCGCUACGCCUCGGACCAAGAGAUGCUGGAUAUGCAUGGCUUUCUUCGCAAGGCCCUCCACGCGCUGCACCAGGAGGAGCCCCAGAGCCUGAAAGCUGCCGUACGCACUGACACCUUCGACGAAUUGAAGGUGCGCCUGCAGGACCUUGUGUCAUGCAUCACCCAGGGGACAGAUGCAGCUGUACCCAGGAGAGCCAGCCCAGAGGCUACCAGCACUCCCAGGGAGCCUUUUGACGUUAACCUGCCCGAGGGGCCACAGAUGGCUCAGGCACAGGCCCCGGGGCUGGUUGAUGCUCAGCCUGUGGCCGUGGUACAGUCGGUGCCUGGGGCACACCCCGUGCCAAUGUACGCCUACUCCAUCAAAGAUCCCUCCUGCAGGCAGGAGGUCUCCACCACAGCCACAGCACAGAAGAGGAAGUCCUGCCAGACCGACUGCCCCAGGAAGGUUAUCAAGAUGGAGUCUGAGGACGAGAAGGAGGCCAGGUUGGCCCGGAGCUCCCCUGAGCAGCCCAGGCCCAGCACCUCCAAGGCACUCUCACCACCUGCCCUAGAGGGGACCCCCAUCCCCGAGAGCCACUCCACAGCAAAUGAGGAAUUACUGCUCAACAGCAACCACAAGACUGGCGACUCUGGGGAGGCAGAGGAGCGCAUUGUGGUGAUCAGCUCAGGAGACUCAGAGGACGAAAACUCGUCCUUCCGGGAGCCAGAUGACAGCAGCAGCGAGUCCAGUGACCUGCAGCUGGAGAGCCCCAGCUCUCUCAGGGCCCUGGAGGAGAGCUUCACAGACAUCCAGUCAGAAGACAGGCCCCUGGUUUUCUUUGACCUCAAGAUUGACAGUGAAACCCAGAAGAUUAGGCAGCUGGCAGCUGUGAACCAAGAGAGCAAGUUCCGUGUGCUCAUCCAGCCAGAGGCCUUCAGCAUCUACUCCAAGGCAGUCUCCCUGGAGGUGGGGCUACAGCACUUCCUCCGCUUCCUGGGCUCCAUGUGCCACCCAAUCCUGGCCUGCUAUAAGCUGUGGGGGCCUAGCCUCCCCAACUUCUUCCAGGCCCUAGAGGACAUGAACAAGCUGUGCGAGUUCCAGGAGACCAUCUCCGGCUUCCUGGCCACCCUGCCCCUCAUCCAAGAGCGUGUGCCCCAGGCCAGCAGCUUCAAACUCAAGAGUCUGGCCAAAACCUAUCUGGCAAGAAACAUGAGCGAACACAGUGCUCUGGCCGCCGUGCUGGCCAUGCGCGACCUGUGCCGCCUCCUCGAGGUCUCCCCGGGACCCCAGCUAGCCCAGCAUGUCUACUCCUUCAGCAACCUGCAGUGUUUCGGAUCCCUGCAGCCUCUGGUGCAGGCAGCUGUCCUGUCCCGGGCCGAGGCCCGCCUCCUCGCCCUCCACAAUGUGAGCUUCAUGGAGCUGCUGACCACACACCGCCGAGAACCACAGGGGGGCUUGAAGAAGUACAGCCGCUACCUGAAGGCCACCUCAUCACCCCAUGCCCAGCCUGCUCUCAACCUGCAAGCUCUGAGCACCUAUUUCAAAGGCCUGCUGGAGGAGCCAGCCUUAGCACGGGCAGAAGGCAUCUCUAGCCCUCUCGCUAGCCACAGCUUGGCCAAAAGGGCCUCCCAGCAGAGCUGAGAGGAGGGGGUGACUGUCUUGGCAUCUCUGGGGGACAGAGAGGGAUGGUGUCCCUGAGCCAGGCCUUGCCCAUCACAACGUUCCAAGAUCCUGGUCCCUAAUAUUCAUCUGGCACUUGGUCUAGAAUAGUUCUCCUUCUUUAGGACCAAAUUUUCCUUCUCUAAAAACCCCACAGGGAAGGUUCCAAGGCCAAUCAGCCCCUCCCCGACCCCACCCAGCCCCAAGCCACCAGAUCCCCAGUGCACCAAUGGGUUAACUCACCAGGCCCUUGGCCCCUCCCUUAUGGGAGCCAGAACCAGGGAGGUCCUAGGCAAACUAGGCAUAGCCUCUGGGCUCUCUAAGUGGCCCCCAUCUUGCCUCAGCCACCUCGCUUGCCACUUCUAUGAAUGUCACAGUCCCUCCCUGACCCCAGCCAUUGCCCAGGGGAUCUGCUGACAGCUCCCAUGGACACUGCAACACCAGUCGCUCCACAGCUACCCAAGUGCCUUUCGAACCAAACUGCCCCUUAAGAACUUGGGUUCUCCCAGCCUCUGCCUGCCUGGAGGCUGACUCUGUUCACUUCCCUCUGGACCAUUUUCAUCCCUGAAGGGCCUCAUAUGUGCAGAGACAGAACCUGCUGUGCCAAGCUUGCCCCCUCUGCCCUCCGCACUUGCUUCCUUCCAGCCACACAAACACCUCCCCUUAGUCAGGGCUGUGCGCUUUGGUCCUCAGGCCACCGACUCCUCUCUGCAUGGCCCUCCGCUGUGUCUGCACUGCCCACCUCAGCCCUGUCAUGAAUGUCCUCUUGCCCAGUGCUGUUCUGUGCAGUGCAGGGACUCAUACCUUGGUCUUCCCUGACACCUCUAUCCAAUGCCUCCGGAGUCUGGCGCUCGGGGGUGGGCCCCAGCAAGCUGUUUAGUUUAGCAGGUUGUCCAGGUGAUGUUGGUGCUGCUGAGUUCCAGAAUCACUGCUGUGUAGAUUGCUGCUCGAAGAACAAGCGAUGUAGGGCAGCAGAGCAAGUCCUGGCCCGACCCCAACUCUGCAUCGGGUGUGACCUAGGAAAAGGCCCCUUCCUGAGCCCCCUUGUCCCCAUCUGUAAAACGACUGGUUGGCCAGGAUGGUCUCAGAGUCCCAUCCAACUGUGCCGUUCUGGGAUUUUAAGAAUAGAUAAAAGGCCUGUGAGGCAGUGGACAAGGUGGUUUCAUUCUUGAACCCUAGCCUAGCCCCCAGACUUAAGCUAAGGUUCCCAACCUGUGGUUGCACUAGAGGUCAGAGCAGCAGAACGCUGGCUGGUCAGAGCUGUCCCUUCUGACUAGCAGAACCACUGUUCCCUCCUUCCUCCUAUCCCUAUUCAUUGGUUGUUACUACUGGGAUGCAGCCCAGAACCCCAGCCUCUGUGGGCUCACCUGUCACAGGAGUGAAGUCUGUGUGCCGCACCUCAGCCCCCAUUCAGUGGGUGGUCUGAAUGCCCUCUAAGGGAUGACAGAUGAUCUUGCUACUACGGUAGGAGCGCUGGCUUUAACAGUGAACUCUAAUGAAUUU